UUUUAGAAUACUUUAAUCUUCACAACGUCGAUUACAAGUCAAUCAGUGUCCAUAAUAGCCUCCAGGACACAUCUUCAAACAUGAAAGUCCUCCUAGGCGAGGUCCAUCUCUCAUCCUCUCAAUCCGCUCCAGAUCUCAACACAAGCAAAGACACAGACAUCCCAGAACCUAAACUCGACUCCGACUUCACCAAAGACGGCAAACCAGCUACAUAUGCCAAAGGCUAUCCCCUACAAUGGGGCGAAGAAGUUUGGAAGUUUACGACUCAUGGCGAUGUCGUAGCUGGCGGCGUAGAAUCCGGGUCUGCGACAUCAGAUGAGAAAUUCCUAGCGCUUGCCACAGAACGAAGCAUCUGUAUUUUUAACCUGGACGACUUUUCUCUAGCUUGUGCGUUGAAGAGCGACUUUGGCAUUGUGCAGACUGUUGAGUUUGCGCCAUUUCCUCAGGGAGGAGACGAGGGGUAUGUCUUGGUUACGGAUGCGCAUGACAACUUGCCCGAGAGGAAUGAACAGAUCCAGUUGUGGUAUUUGGAUGGAGAUUGUAAGGACAAAGCCACAGGACCAGAGGCUGAUGGAAAGAAGGGGGAGAGGGAAAAGUUUGAUGGAGCGCUCGCAACGUUCUCACCCACGGCGUUUAGCCAUGAUGGGAAGACUUUGCUGUAUCUCAGCGAUGUCCAUGACGAGUACGGGGUGCAUGCUCGAGUCACAGCUGUCAAGAUCGCAACAGGGAGAGAGGCCUUUUACAUGGAAGGCCACAAGGACCCGAUCAUGUGGAUUGGGUUCAGUCCAGACGAUAGCCUAAUUGUGUCCACUGCUUGGGACGGGUACGCGAAAGUCUAUUCUGGAACAGAUGGAAAGCAAAUCAGGGACCUAGGACCCACUGGAGGUCAGAACUGGGCUUGCGACUUCUCGCCAGAUGGAGAGAACCUUGCUGUUAGUCGAGGAAAUCGUGGGCCAAGUACUUUUGUAUGGAGGCUGAAGGAUCCGCAAAGUUUUCCUAUUGCUCUUGAAGGUACGAAGGGCAUGCAGAGACAUAUUGCUUGGUCACCUGAUGGAAUAAGACUUGCAAUAGGUGCUAUGAAUGGACGACUGAUUGUCUAUGACGCGAGAUCCAUGACUGUGGAACAGGUAUGGCAAUUGGGUGAUCAGUCGACCUGGGUUCACGAUGUGUGUGAAGCUGUAUGGCUGGAUAAUGGACAGCGGCUCUUAUUUUCACCUAUGGACGGAAGUGUGCUGAUGUAUGAUUUUAAGACGAACGAAAAGUGGAAAUGGGUAGCUGGGGAGAAAGAUGAGUGGAGGCCAGGAAGCUGGCUCAAUACUUUGGAUGUGAUGGAGAAGAGGAGGCUUUUUGGCUCGAAGGAUCAGGAUGGAUCGUAUCGGAUUUGGAAAUUACCAGAACUCUAAGUUAGCUCUGCUUUCCUUAGUCUAAUGCAGAUCGGAAUGCGGCGUUUGGCCAGGUAAGUGAACAUCAAAAUUGCAUGGCAUGGAAUUGCUUGGGAUUGCGCUUCCGCAAAUAGAGGCUAUAGCAGUGUCUACAUAUUAUCUUGAGCUGUGAUGAAGUGCCAAUGUCUCACAUUAUUAUUUCUCAGCUUCCAAAAGUUGUAUCAUUUAUAGGGUGUAUUCUUCAACGACUGUUAUACAAAUCCCCUUGCCUUCAUAAAUCGAACACCUGAACUAACUCGCGCGCGUCAACUAACCCAGUCAUAUCUACCCAACCAUCCUCAACCAUUCUCUUCAAAGUAGUAGGCUGAGCAAUCGAAGUUUAGCCGGUCGCUAUGCGUCAAAGACAGCUGCUGCUGUGGGUCGGCGGACCACGAUUGGUGAAGGAUUAUCUUUAUCAGCUCUUGCGUCAACAACAGGUGUUGCUCGUUUUCCGAGAGAGACGACCGGCGAAGGAUCGUCUUUAUCGGCUCUUGCUUCAACGACAGCUGCUGCUGUGGCUUGGCGGACCACGAUUGGUGAAGGGUCGUCUUUAUCGGCUCUUGCAUUGAUGUAUGGUACUGUUACA